AUGACGUCGAAUAAACAUAAGAAAUCAACUCCUCAUAAAUCUCCUCAAAAGCCAACACCGCAUAAACCUCACAAACCUCAUGAAGCCAACACAAGCUCUCAAGAGAAAAUCAAACCGUUGACACCAACCUCUUCAAACUCUCCGAUUCUUCCCACAAAGUAUGCUAGAGCUACUCGACCAAUUUUGCCUCCUACUCGAAGAAUUUUGUUUCCUCAAAAUUCGAAACAGGGUAAUAGUACGUAUUUAAAUUUAUAUCUCACAGUUAGCAUAGUUAACGGGUCUAGAUCAAGAACCUUUCUCUUCUCCACCUUCAGUCAAAAAUGAUCACUCGAAGACGGGUAAGUAGUUUUCUUCUGCUUGCAUAAACUAUUGGCUAACAGGAGUGUAAGGAAAACAUACUCUAUCUUCACCAGCUACAAAAUCUUCGGAUGAUCGACCAUUCAAGAAACAAUGUCUUUCAUCCCCUUCUCCUGCGAAAAAUGCCAAGCUUAUACCCAGAGAGUCAGACGUGGUUGAUUGGAGAGUGAGGAUGAGCACAUCAAGUGAUGAAGAAGAUGAAGAAGGAACACCAAGUCCACCAAGUCGGAAGAGAAAGGCAGACGCCAAUUCGGGUGCAGCAGGAAGACCCAAAAAUCCACCGUUUUCUGUUGCCGCACCAUCAAAGGCAGCUGUAUCUAAUGUCACUCCAUCGAAACAACAUCCUUCCUCAAUCUCUACUUUCCAACGCAAUCCAACAGCUAUCAACAAGAUCGACAUAACUGUUCUUCGACUUGAAAAAGAGGAGCUACAAAAACACCUCGAUACUUCUAUCCAACAAGCCCAACAAGCAAAAAACGACGUGAAGAAAUGGGAAACCAAAUACAAAGCAGCAAUUGACACACAAGAAACACUCAACAGACUUCUCAGUGCCGAAAUGAAUGAGAAAGAGAACCUUCAAAAUCGGGUCGAUACUUUUACGCAACAAGCACACGAACUAAAACUCGCAGCAGAAACCUGGGAGGAAAAAAGGAAAAUAACAAGCGAAGAAAACAAUUCCCUACGCAAACAACUCGCUAGCAAGACCAAAGAACGCAACACAGCCGAAUCCAACACAGAACAAUGGCAACAUCAACACCGUACUCAAAUCGACAAGAAUGCUAAACUCCAACAUGAGCUAAAACUCAAACGAGGCAAAAACCGCUAUGAAAAAGAACCUCAUCAAUUCGCGACUAAAAUCGCUCAACUAGAGCAAGAACUCUCACAUCUAAAAUCUCAAAACGCAAAGAUGAGCUAUAAAAAAGAACGGGAAGAAUACCUCGAAGCAAUGAAUAAACUCUUAGCAAAACAAGUUGCACAGCUCAAGGAGGAAAUACAACAUAAUUCCGAGUUAGAGAAACAGAUAACAAAACCACAGGAAGAAGUAAUCUUGCAAAAAUCCCCAGAAAAUCCAUCGAAAGAAAUUAUCUGGCAAACCCACCUCCAUCAAAACCUCACUCACCUAAAAUCCCAACUAAAAACCUCCCAACAAGAAAUCCAUACCCUGCACCAAGAACUACGCACCCAAAAUUCAGAAAUAGAUAUCCUAAUCUCAGAGCAUGAGCAUGAAAUUAAGGAAUUGAAAGGGGAGAUUCAGAGACUAGAGGUUUUGAAUAGGUAUAAGGAUACUGGGUUGGAGAAGAUGGGGGUGCUGGUUGCGGGGUGGGCUUUGAAGUGGAGGGGUAUGGGGGUGGGCGGGGAGGGGGAUGGAUGUGGAAUGGAGGGAAAGAUACCUGGGGUGGAGGGUUUGGGAGUAUGUGUUAAUGGGGUUAGGAUGUGA